ACAGCAGAAGGAGACUGUGGAGUUGCGCUGCUGCCGCUGUCAAUCUUCCGACCAUGAAACUAGUUUACUUCCUGGUGUUAUACUGUUCAUGCAUUUCGGUAAAUGCACACCCCCCAUGGGUCUGUAAUGAGACAGAACUUGCUGCUAGUGGAGGUCCCACAGAAGAUCAUAGCACUUAUCCUACUAAUAUUGUUGGAGUUUCUACAAAAGCUAAUGUCAGUGAUCCAAUCAUCAAGAAUAUAUCAGCUUUUGCACUGCCUACAAUUGAUAGCAGAUUAGAUGGAACUUUCAAGAUAGCUCGAAUUGUCAGUGCAGAAUUUCGGAGUGCUGCAGGUACUCUUUAUUACCUCCAGCUAGAAGUUUGUACCACCAACUCCAACAGGGGAGAAGAUGAUGCCAGUUCUGAGUGCAUUCAAACAGGAGAAGCGAACAAGCAUCUGUGUGACGUAUUGGUGUGGGAUAGACCAUGGCGGCCUGAACGUGAAGUUACAGCACUAGAUUGCACUGCAAUAAAUGCAAGGCGGAAAAGAGAGGUGUUCGCCGAAACCUUGUACCAUCUGCAGAUUGAAGUCGGUGACAGCACCUGUGACAAAAGAAGCAACAAAGUUGAUUCAGAGUGCACUCUGAGGGAAGGAUCGAGUAACCAAGUCUGCACUGUAAAUGUAUGGGACAGGCUAUGGCUAAAUAAGCGAGAGGUUACACAAGUAGACUGCUCUGCAAAGUCAGCGAGAAGGAGACAAACAAUUCCAGGGGGCCUUGCAGAUGCAGACGUGAGUGAAGAAGGUGUAAGGAAAGCUGCAGAAUUUGCCCUCACUGAAAUUGACAAGAGAUCAAACUCAGCCUACAAGCAGACACUAGUUCAGAUUCUGAAUGCCCAGAAGCAGGAUGCUGCUGAAGUCAGAUCAAUUUCCUUCAAAGCUGCUGAUCUUGAAGAACAUUGAUUUUGAUAACUUCCAGAAUGGACAUCAUAUAUUCAUAUUUCACAUGAAAACAGAUGAAAUGUUUAAAUCAGGGUCCAUUCCUAAAGUUGAUGAAACGCAGGUAUAAACAAAUGGCAUGAUGUGGCCAAUCUGCAGUUAAGUCUAAAGUACAAAAAAAUCCAUGUACUGUGAAGAAGGAUGGAUUAAUUUAUAAAAAAAUUAAAAGCAUUUUGUAAAUAUUUUUUUAUAUAUUAUAAAAAAUUUAAAUAAAUUAAUGUAAAAGAUGGAAAAAAAUAAUAAAGGAAGAAUUAAAUUAA